AUGGCAGUUCUCAGGAGAGUGAAGAGACCAAGAGUAGAUAUCGAGGUUGAGAGGGUCUCAAAGUAUUUCAAGAAGGAAGAGUCGUUGAGUACCGAACUUGCUGAUGUAAGCGACUCGCAGGUGAGCAUAAAUGCCAUCAAGGCCAUGGAAGCACCGGAGUUCUUCAACUACGUGGAGUCUAGGACGAUUGAUCUUCUGCCAGUUGACCGGAAGUUGGAGGAUAACAACCGAUUUCCGCCUAAUUUUGUCGGGAUUUAUUCCAAGGUGAGACUGAUGAGGUCUAAGAUCAUAACCCCUGUGGACACAGUGGGGUGUGCCUCGCUGCCGCUGACGCUGAACGAGAAGUAUGGAAUCUUGAAGGAUCAAAUAAAGCCGCUACACUAUCGACUGCAGCUGCUGGUGGCCCUCAUGCUCUCGGCACAAACCAAAGAUGAGACGAACGCAAUAGCGAUGAAUAAUUUGAUGGAUUACUGCAUGAACAACAUAGGAAUCAAGGAGGGAAUAACGCUUGAAGCACUGUUACAAAUUGAAGAGAAGCAACUUGAUACGCUGAUACACCCAGUCGGGUUUCAUAGGAAAAAGGCCGCAUACAUAAAAAGGGCAAUGCCAAUGCUGCAGGAAGAGUUUGGAGGGGACGUACCAACGACCAUUGAAGGCUUUAACUCGUUACCAGGGGUUGGUAACAAGAUUGGGUUUUUAGCACUACAGAAGUCAUGGGGAAUUGUUGCGGGAAUCGGUGUCGAUGUACAUGUGGACCGCCUUUCCAAGAUGUGGCGGUGGGUAGACGCCAAAAAAUGCAAGACUCCCGAGCAUACUCGGAAGGCGCUGGAAGAAUGGGUUCCUCGGGAGCUUUGGAAUGAAAUCAAUCCACUGCUAGUUGGGUUUGGACAGGUAAUAUGCCCUUCUCGGGGUAAGAGGUGUGACUUAUGCCUUGCUAAUGAUAUAUGCAAUAAUGUGGAUCGGAAGCUGGUAAAGUUGCGAAAUUUUAAUGAGAGCCCUGCCAGUCUGCGUGGGGAUCACAGCCAACUACUGACACAUCUUCAACACACCCUUGUUGCAUCUGGGUCCGCUGCCCCGCGAAUAAAGAAAGAAGAAACAGAAUAA